UCCUCCUAAAUAUAACUCCCUCUAAAAGGUAAACUCAACUUUCGUGCUGCUACUUAUACUCCCACUCUCUCUAUCUCUCAAUCUCUCUCUUAGACAACUUCUCCUCCUUUUUCCAUCACUCCAAACACCCCCUCCAUGAUGUUAACACAGAUUCUUCAAUGCCUUUCUUCUCUCUAUCUAAUCCAAAGAAAAUUAAUUGUUCAACCACUAACAUAAAAGGGUUUUCUUUUGCUGUGUUUGUACCUUUUACUUGGUUCUUCUUCCACAUCCGACUGAUAUUUCAAACAUGUUUGACAUCUUGUUUGGUUGGCGAAAGGCUUCCAAAUGUAAGAAAUUGAUCAAACAGGUCCAUUGCCGGCUCAAGUUGCUGAAGAACAAAAGGAGUACGAUUAUCAGGCAAUUACGGGAAGACAUGGCUGAGCUCAUAAAAAAUGGCCAUGAAAACAUUGCUUUCAAUCGGGUUGAGCAGCUGGUUGCGGAUGAAAACAUUGUUCAAGUAUAUGAAUUGUUGGGCCAUUUUUGUGAAUUCAUCCUCCUUCAUCUUUCUUAUAUCCGAAGACAUAAGGACUGUCCGAAUGAUGUAAACGAAGCAGUUUCUAGUCUUAUAUUUGCUUCUGCAAGAUGUGGAGAACUACCUGAGCUUCGAGUGAUUCGGAAACUCUUCGAAGAACGUUAUGGUCAGAGAUUUGCUAUGGUUGCUGUUGAAUUACUUCCAGGGAAUCUCGUUAACCGUCAGGUAAAAGAGAAACUCUCACCGAAGUUGGUAUCCGAUGACAUGAAGCAAAGGCUGGUCAAUGAAAUAGCUAGUGAUUACUGUCUCCGACCAGAGAUUCUGGCACUUGAAUACUAUUCUGACUGGCAGCAACAGCUGCAGGCAAAGGAAAAUGGUGGAGAUCAUACACCAAAUACAAAUGUAGGAACUUAUUAUGACAGAGCCGAAAGAUCUGAAACCAAAGCUAAAAAUUUCGAGAUAGAAAGAAAAAUCAUAUUUGUUGAUUCAUCACCAGUUUUGACAAACUUCGGAGACUCUAAAAUGAUCAGUACUCCUGCUAUUUCUUCUUCAAUGGUUCAGCAAGCUCUACCAACUGUGUCGGAGUCUUCAGUGCAUAAUGAGGAGCAGGAAGCAGAGAACUAUGCUGAACUGGACUCUCAAAAUGUAUAUAGCCUGUGCAAAAACAAUCAGGAAGAGAGAAUGAUUGCGGCAUCAUCUUCGGAAAGUUUGGCACAGUUCCCUGAGGAAACUGUCGUUUAUCUGGAUGACAUAGAAGAAUUUCAAUCCCCAACAAAAAAAGAUGAAAACUCUCAGGACCAAAGGCUUUUCAAAUUCAAAUCAUCUAUUCUAACUAAAAGGGAGAAUUGUGAAUCAUCCAGUGAGAAGUCAAGCUCAAGAAGUUCGAAAAGAGGUGGCAACGGGUCGGGAAAAAGACCGAGGAGGAGAUCGGUGUCUCAUGAAAAUCAAAGCAUGAAGGAUAUCGAAUGCAUCAGUUACUACAGCCAGCCACCAUGGAAGAGUAGCACUGCAGCUCUCAAGCAUAAAUCUCAGAAGCAGAGAAAGCAACAGAAGAGAUUUUCAACAGAGGAAAGUGAACAACAAUAUUAUGAGCCAAGGAAACCAAAGCAACCUUGCUUUAUGGAAAUGAGGAAUGCCUUUGUAUCUCCUCACCGCGGAUUUAAUCUGAUAGGAUCAUCCAACUGCAGCUUGGAAAGACCAUGUUAUAUAUGUGCUGGUGAUGAGAAUACUGAUUAUGAAGUUCCAUCAGGGAGACAAAAGAAAAUGAACACAACUGUGAUGGAAUUCCCAACACAUAAUCAUGACAAGAAAAGCAUUUGCUCUAGCCAUUGCAAAAAUCGAAGCUUUUGGAAUGCAGAACUGAACAAGGGAACGAAAUGGUCUGAGGAACCAAGGAGAAGAAGCUAUGACAAUGGAGCUAUGAUGUAUGAUGUUUUCACCUACCCAGAUCACCAACCUAACAUACAAAUGAAAAACCUGAAUGGAAAAACUGAUGAGUUUGGCUCCCAAGAGAGUCCUCUCUCUUCUCCUUGCCCAAAGGUGAAUACUUCUUGGACAAGAAAAGACACAGUGCCACCUGACACAGUGCCACCUUACUUGAGAACCAUGACAAUGCCCCCUGAGAGGCCCAAAAACAAACACAGAGACGACAUGCAAAGAUCUAGUUCAUGUGUCUUUCGUAAUCCCAACCAUGUCCACCCGAAGUUGCCGGAUUACGAUGAUAUAGCUGCAAGAUUUAUGGCUCUCAAGAAAGAGAAUACGCAGAAUAAGCAUCCGAAUUGCAACAGAGCAGCAACUUUAGCACAGUAGAAAAGUCAUGUCUCCACAUCUAGUAGAUACUUGUAGAUACUUUUUUUUUAUAUUUUGGGUCCAUUUUUUGAUUGGUUUCUUACUUUAGAGCUCUCUAUUGGAGUUAUGGAAUGGCAUGGGUAUUCUUUUACCCUUUUGUACUACAAUUUGUUUGCUCGAUGUAUAUCCCACCAAAUUUUGUA